GCACUUCGCAGCAACUGCAAACUGCAGCAACACAGGGAACAGCCGAUACGAGUGAUCAAUUGAAGUGGCAACUCAAAAAUAUGUUCCCCCACCUCUUCUCCCUCUCUCCCUCCCUCUCCCUCUCAUUCUUACUCUUGCAUCUUCACUUUCCUGCCUUGCAUUCCACCAUACUGCUUCCGUGCCACUUCGCCAGCUCACCCAUCCCUUCACUUCCAUCCCAUCCCUCUCAUUCGAUCCCCCGCUACCCCCAACCCCCUCUUUCUCGCCAUCACAUCCACUCUCUUCAACUCACUAUGGGCUGCUGUGGAAGCAAACACACUGAUCGCGACGAGGCUGAACGGAUCCGUCUGUUGAAUGAGAGCCAUGCUGUUUGUACCUAUGGAGCUUGGAAGCAAACAAAAAAAAGAGGCAUAGAGGAGUUUGGGGAGGAGAGGUCCCAUUGGGGGUUUGACAAUUAUCACGAUUGAUAGGAGGAUGGGGCAUAAAAUAGAACAUCGAGAAAAUAAACAUGGCGACAAUAAUGAGCCUAUGAUGUUUGAGGGAGUGGAAGAAAUGCGCGGGUACGCGCGCGCGUCUGCGCACAAUUUGUAUACCUUCUUUUUUUAUACCAUGUUUCUAUGAGGAAUGGGUUUAUUUGUUGUCUGUUUUCGUUUUUUAUUUUAUUUUCUCUUUUUUUGCAUAAGAGCUGUUCGUUCAGAAAAUAGUGGAGUGGUGCAUUAUAUUACACAGAACUGGUCACUACUCGUCCUAUUAUC